UCUUUAGUCCGUCCGUAGAGCGCUCCGUGCACUCGAGGACCGGGACCCAGCGGGAAGUUCUUUUCAAAGCCGUACACGAGCUGCGAUGAAUGAAUCUUUCAAGUAUUACGCUCGUCACAAGCCAGAAAUUUUCCCGCGAGCUGUGAGGAUCGAUCGGAAAGUCCAGCCCGAGCCAUUCAAAGUCUCUUCUUAUCAGAGCUUCGCGGACGACAAGUCAAAGCCCGAAGCUCUUACUGGCAUGAUGUGUGCCGAUGCGAGCAUAUGCUCGGUCGGAGAAGCUUCUGCAAAGUUGACCGAUGCGAAUUAUAGCCGAGGGGAGGGAAAGGAAAUUCUUAUUCUUUCUCUGACGAAAGCAGCAACAAAGAGAACGUCUCUCCCUCUCUCUCUGUCUUUCGUUUAUAUGCCUCAAGCCAGAGAGAGAGAGAGAGAGGAGAGAGAGAAGAGGAGCGGUGAUUCGCGACUAUUUCUCUAGCAGAGUAUCAUCAAAGAAGCAUGACUCUCGACCCUGGAGAGAAUGUACGCAGAGUUUUUCUUUC